ACGGACGGGCUUACCACGAGGACAGCCGUGUGCGGACUUUUUUUCCAACGAAACAUUCAGUAAUAGACUCGUCGAUCAGUUUUAUUUACCUCACGGACCAACUUAUAGUCAUAGUCAGCUUAUAUGUGUUAUAUAUUAUUUUUACGGAUUUUCACAUUCUAGUUUCGAAGUUAAUAAUAGGUCAAACAUAAGGUAACUCGGGCUACUGGUGUUUACUAUUUUGUACUAACAGACUAAAGAAAAACCUCAUUGCUGGAAGAACAUGGGUCUGUUCAAAAGAAAUAAAGGGGAUGCAGUAGUGACCAAACCUGAGGAGGGAAAAGGGAAAGUUGAAUUAAAACGACAAAUUUCUCUUCUACAUGGCGUGGCGAUCAUCGUUGGAAUUAUCAUCGGAUCUGGGAUAUUUGUUUCUCCGGUCGGAAUUCUCAAACGCGUUGAUUCGGUGGGAUUGUCAUUCGUUAUGUGGAUUGCAUGUGGGAUCUACAACACAUUAUGUGCGAUAUGUUAUGCAGAAUUGGGGACCACGUUUCCGCAGUCAGGAGGUGAAUAUGUCUACAUUAAAAGGGCCUUUGGAGAGACUGCAGGCUUUGUCUGUUUAUGGAUUAAUUUCCUGCUUAUAUGCCCUGUCGGGAUAGCUGCUUCAGCCUUGAUUUUUUCACUCUACAUUCUUAAACCAUUUUUCCCGAACUGUGAUGGGGUACCAAUGACAGGCCUUGCUCUACUGGCAGCAGUCAUCAUCACCUUGCUGAUCCUGAUCAACAUGAGAAAUGUCAAAUGGGCAGCCAAAGUACAGGUGAUCAUCACUGCCAGUAAACUCAUCGCUCUCUUUAUCGUCAUAAUCAUUGGAUUUAUCUAUAUUGGAAACGGUGAAGUUGAAAAUUUUGAGGAGCCUUUCGAGGGUUCAGAUUACAGUGUCGGUGCUAUAGCUAUCUCCUUCUACUCUGGAUUCUGGGCAUACAGUGGCUGGAGCUAUCUAAACUUCCUGGUUGAUGAGAUUGUAGAACCCAACAAGAAUUUGCCGAGAGCUAUCGUGAUUUCCAUGUCCAUUGUAAUAACAACAUACCUUGCUGCCAAUGUGGCAUACCUGGGCGUUCUCACUCCAGGACAGAUGAUCCAAUCAGAGGCUGUCGCUGUGACAUUUGCGGAGAAUACGCUUGGCCCGAUGGCCUGGAUCAUGCCAGUCCUCAUUGCCCUCUCUGUUUGUGGUACCAUGAACGGAUGUGCUCUCUCCAUGUCGAGAUUAUUCUUUGUUGGAGCCCAAAACAAACAAAUGCCUGCCUUCAUGGGAAUGAUCCAAUACAAAAAUAUGACACCAUCUCCUUCUCUUCUGGUUAUUCUUGUGAUGACCCUUAUUUAUACCUCUACCACCAAUAUCUUCUAUCUGAUUGAGAUGGAAGGAUUCGGCUUUGCCAGUGUGCUUACCAUGGUGUUUGGAGGCCAAGUAUACCUCCGCUUCAAGGAGCCAGAUAUCCCACGCCCUAUCAGGGUUCCAAUUAUUCUGCCAAUUGCCUUGUUCCUAAUCAGUGGAUUCAUCGUAAUUCUGACAUUCUACCAGAAACCUGCAGAGAGUUUUGUGGCGCUGUGCCUCGUCACAGGAGGAACAAUCUAUUAUUUAAUUUUACCAUACCUUCCAAAAGCUAUCACAAAUAAAAUAGAUUCAUUCACACAAGCAACCCAGAAACUGUUGAUGGUGCUACCUCCAGACAACGCAGACGAAGUUAACUGGGAGUAGGCUGUCCAACGGCAGCACAGAAGUGUCAAAAUGAUCAUAGGCUAGAAGGAAAUGUAAAAUAUAAAAAAUGGUAUUGAAAAGCGGCAGUCAAGACACAAAUAUGUGAAUGCCAGAAUGGGGAAGGAAAGAUGUAAUACUAAACAUGGCUGACACAAAAUCUGUAGUAGGACACUAAUAGUCUAAUACAGAGGCCACAGACAACGGUUAUCAGAUCUAUGGGAAUCACUAGGAUAGUCCUGCCUGUAGUAGGACAUCAAUACAGAGGCCAGAGACACUGGUAAUCACAAGGGUAGUCCUGUCUGUAGGAGGACAUUAAAUACAGAGGCCAGAGACACUGGUAAUCACAAGGGUAGCCCUGUCUGUAGGAGGACAUUAAAUACAGAGGCCAGAGACACUGGUAAUCACAAGGGUAGCCCUGUCUGUAGGAGGGACAUUAAAUACAGAGGCCUGAGAAAUAGUACAUGUGUAAUGAGCACUGCAGGAAUCACUAGUCUAAGGGUAGCCCUACAAUCAAGAAAGAUCGCUAAAUAAGAAAAACUUCACAUUGAAACAAUCAAGGAAGUUGAAAAAUAGAUUUCUCGAAUGUUUGAGAAAUUUAGAUAAUGUAAACUGCAAUUCAGCAGUAAAAUCACAAUGAAUUGCCCUGCGUUCAUUUCACUCGUAACAGUAGAAAAAACAAGCUUUGAAGUAUUUACAGAAUCAACAUUCAUAGUGAAUUUAUCUUCAUUUCUCGAGGUGAAACUUGUACUGUGGCAAACCUUUCCAACUGCCAUAAACUGUCAUAUUACACAACUAGACUGAUUGCAUAUAUUAUCAUGUGCAAGAUAUACAAAGUAUAUAUGUAUGGUAUUCAAUAGGAAAACAGUUCAUCAUAUUUUCAUUUUAAAUCACAUAUCAAUAAAAAAAAUUACUGCACCAAAGAAACACAGGAAUUACACAUGUAAGUAGAAUAAACUUUGUUGAGGUAUUCUGAUAGCUCGAUAUUCUAUACUGGACAAGGUCGUGUGCCUCUUGUAAGCUCGAUAUUCUAUACUGGACAAGGUCGUGUGCCUCUUGUAAGCUCGAUAUUCUAUACUGGACAAGGUCGUGUGCCUCUUGUAUUUAGUGCAUUUCUACAUUUUGCUUCGCUGUUACAAAAUUAUCUGUGUGGGAGGGAUGGAAGGCAUUUUUUCAGACCUAUCAAAUUUUAAAAUAUUUAGUGUCUUAAGGAAUACCAGAAGACACGACUUGCAUUAGCAUAUAUAUCUUUUUAUAGUAUACGUAUUUAUCUGUACUAACAUAUUUAGUUUGUUUCACGUUGAUUUAAAACCUUUUAAGCUCACUGUUUACUGGUCCUAAUAACCUGUUGAGUGUUGAUGGGCCAUUAAGGGUAUACAUGUAAUAAUAAUAUUACCCCCAUCAACCAUCAAAUUUUAUUGCAAAUGCCUCCCACCCCUCCCUCACUAAUAAUUCUGGAGUAUAGCCCUAACAGAAAUGUUUCCAUAUAUGCAAUAUUACAAAAAUGGAAAUAUUCUGUUUAGCUUUAGAUGCAGUGAUGGCAAAAUAAGUGCUGCUUUUGCUAUACAUGUACUUUUGCUUCAUUCGAUAAAGCAUAUUAUUUUGGAAUUACAGGAGGUUUGAAUUUGUGAAUCAAACGACAUGUGGAUUCAAACCAAAUUAAAUCUUCUGUAAUUAUUGAAGAAUUUUGUGCAUUUUAUUAUUACAACAUAUUUAUUACGGUUUUUAAAAUAUUCCAUGAAAAACAAUAUAUAUUGUGCAUGUAUUCAAUUGUUUUAAGUUGACUUUUGUCCUUAUGACAAAGAGCUAAUUGCCUCCCCUUGAAAUUCCUAUCUAACUUUUACUAGACUUUCCCCUAGUCAGUAUAUAAGGUAGUGAAGCUUUCAUAUUGAACAAUUCCCAUGUCAGAGUUUUUUUAUUAUAAAAUAGUGUGAAAUCUGUGCUGUAGAUUUAUUGCUGAGGUUUACUUUAAAUUCAGAAUCUCGAAAUUUGAUGACCGCUUUGCUUUCAAAUGUUUUCUUUCUCAUUUUAUCAGAUUGAUACUUUGUUUGAUGCUAUAGAAUCUCAACAGAUGGAUGAUAACCGGUAAAAGUGCUUGUAUUUUAUCAUACUUUAGUUUCUUGGUCUUACAUUUAAUGAUGUAAUUUCCAUUUACACAGACCUUUCUCCUGUAUGUGUGUGUCCUUCAAGACUGUGUUGCAUAAUAAUUGACUGACUUUAAUAGUGCUCUACCAUUACAAACAAAUCUACCAGCAGUGGUACAUUUUGCAGUUAAAAACAGUGUUGUUGUUCUCACAUGAUCUGUAUUGAAAUGGAAAGUGAUAUGAUGGAGUGAGAGUAGAAAUAGAAUACAGAUAGAAAGGGAGAUAAUUAUACAUAUAUUUACAUGCAUUUGUUUAUAUGUUCAGUCAUCUUGUCGUAUGUGAAUGAGAAUUUUUUUUAUUAAAAGUUCAUGAAUAAGUUUUAAUAAAAAUUGCAUAAUAAUGAGAGAAAUUUAACUGGGUUACAUGGUUUUGCUGUCUUUUUCCAGCAUUACAUGUACAUAAUAACGAGAGAAUAUUGGAUUAACUGUACAUCUUAUCCCUGCAUAAUGCAUGUACUGAUGAUAAAGAGAACUAGUCUGUAAUCGAGACACUGUAGGGUAAUCAGAUUGAUAGAUAUUUAUAAAAAGAGCCUUUUGUAUCAAGGUACAUAUUUAUAAAACAAGUGUUUUGAAUCUGAUUAUCUGUACUUAUUAAAUAUUUAUAAAAGGACUGAUGUGUCUAUGGAAAUCUCUGUACUGUUUAUUCAAGUAUACAAACUAUAGACUAGUUAAGGUUAGUUUGUUUAAUAUUGGAUUUACCCCCUAUAUGACUCCUUUUAGGUUUUAUUCCGAUGACUCACAUCAGUACCCUGUAACUAAAUGAUAAACCUAUCUAACUGUGCUGACAACAUGCAGUGGCUACAGAGAUUGUUCUCCUGGGCCGUUUUCUUUUUUGCUGUCCAAACCGUUGAACCAUUCUGACCGAUGUUGUUGGUUUAUCAAACAAAGACUCACCUGGUGAUUUUAUAUUGUUUUCAGGCGAGCCUUGACAAAGACUUCCAAGGCCUGUAUUUACAUUUGUAGAUUCGUCAAGAUAUAUGUUUGAAAUAUUACAUUUAAAAACUGACAAACGGGUUUGUCCGCAUAAACGAACAGGCCCCAGAUCUCUUAAUUCAUGAAUGCGACAUCACAGUAACUUGGCUAGACAGAACUUCUCUUUAGCUUGAUCAGUUGAGCAUUAUAAGAGUAGUAAGUCUAGGUCCCAAGUUUGAUAGGCUAUGUAAUAGAUUUUAUUUAUUAUGCUCACACUAUUACUAAUCGAAAUGAACACUGUGUGAGAUGUGUUAUCAAGUUAGUAUCAAGCUGAUUUACACAUUUCAUGGAUUAACUUAUUAAGUACUAUGCCUGAAUAUCUUAUUACCGCCAGGGUCAUAUCAGGUGACCUUAGAUAUGUGUGAAUACCUCUUAUAGAUAUUGACACAUCGGAGGUUUCCUAUAUACGGGCUAACCAAAUUAUAGCAAACCUGCACGUGAUCUGCUGUCACUUAUAUUGGAGGGAUAUCCCACACAUCAGUUAUUAGUUUUACAUGAUCACGGUAUUAAAUGUUAUUAUGUUUGUCAUGUCAUUAUAACAUGUACGAUCAAAUCUCAUAAUAAUUGUUGUGAAUGAUAUUAUCUUACAUGUCAUUGAAUUGUUCCCUACUGAUGGAUUAUGAUUAAAAUAUCUUUGUAUCUGUACGUUUUUUGUUCACAACAGUCGAAGAUAUUUUAAAAUAACAACAUAAUCAUAGUUUGGUUUAGACAGGAUCCCUUGUACUAUAUUUCAGUGUAAGUAUCCCUCCUCACAAAUAAUGUGAAAUAUUACAUAGGCACUGUAUCCCUUUAUCUUCUAGAUUCAUAUCUUGUCCCACUUUGCUCUGAAUGUUAAAUGAUACAUAUUAAAAUCUGUAAAUAUCUGUCACAGUGUUUUGUGUGUUUAGGAUUCAAGUCUGUUUUAUGAAUUAGAAGAUAAAAUAUAAGAUGUACCUUUUGGAAUUCACUGCUCCACAGGUAAAAUUCCUACUUUUGUAGUACAUUGUACAUGUAAACAUAUAGGCUUCUUUUACCAGAUGUUGGGUUGCCAAUUCCCUCACAAGUGCCUUUUUUGUUUUGUUAAUCCUUGAAUCCAGUCAUUUGAUGUACAUAUUUACAGUCAAACAAGUUGUCAAAUUUGGUACUUUUUUGUUGUUGUGUUAAUAAUAUUAAGGUCAUGGCUAAUCUUUGCAUCGACAGUAAUCAUACAGGUGUGAAAUGGUGUCUAAUACUUGUGUAAGUCUAGAUUAUGUAAAUGAAAUGAUAUUUCAGAUAAGUUUGUAAUGUAGAUAUAAUAUUACAGCAUUCGUUCACCUGUACAAAUCGUGUAACAUCAACUGUUAAAUUGAUGUACGUUUUGCGACUUCAGUUAAAAUGUGGUGUGAUGUGGAAGCCUGAUUAACAGAAUCUCUUUGUUACAUACAAACUUCACUGUGUUGAAAUAUGAUUUUCAGAAGCAUGUGAGGAACAAUGGAUUUGGUAAGAUAUAAGUGCGACUUCAGAAAUAUUUUGUUUAAUUAAGCACUAUUUGCUGUGAAAUAUAUAGCCAACUAUUAUUAAAAGUAUAAUGUUUGUAAGUAUUAUAGGUGUGCUAUGUUUAUACCACUAGGUACAAGUUUUUUGUAUUGUAUUCAUUGGUUAAUGAAUGUUUUUUUUGGCCAAUGAUAUUGUAUUCAUGACAUAAGAUCAAAUGAUAAUCAUGCAAAAACACAUAUAAACAAAAUGUAAAUAGUGCCCUAACUGACAAACUAGUAUAGGCCAAUAAAUGUAAAUAGUGCCCUAACUGACAAACUAGUAUAGGCCGAUGCUGUACCUUUCUAAAAAUUCACACUUAAACAAGUUGUUUCAUUUGUAAAUUGUAGUAGACAUAGUUUCCUCUGUAGUCAACACUAGAAUUUCGGGACCGGGACAUUUUGACAGAAAUAAGUGGGGUGAUUUCCCCCCCCCCCC